AUGGCUCGACUGCUCGCCACAUCCCUCUUCCUGGCUUCGGCGUUGGCAGCACCCUCACAGCUUCCAUCAUACGCCAACCGAUACGAUUUCAUCAUCGUCGGGGGUGGCACGUCCGGCCUCGUGCUUGCGAACAGACUGAGCGAGGACCCCAAUUUAACUGUGGCUGUCGUUGAGGCCGGUGACUCCGUAUUCGGCAACCCGAAUGUCACCAGCUCAACGGGCUAUGGUCUGGCUUUCGGCACAGAUAUCGACUACGCUUUUCAAAGUACACCUCAGGAGCAUGCAGGAAACAAGAGCCAGAUUCUGAGAGCAGGGAAGGCUUUGGGUGGGACUAGCACCAUCAAUGGAAUGGUAUACUUGCGUGCCGAGACCAGCCAGAUCGAUGCAUUUGCCAAGCUCGGAAACAACAUCUCAUGGGAUAGCCUCCUUCUAUACUACAAGAAAGCCGAAGGUCUCCAACGCCCGACCGAGAUUCAGUCGCAGCUUGGCGCAACAUAUGAGGCCAAUCAACAUGGCUUCGAAGGACCUCUGACUGUUGGCUGGCCCACUGAGAUGGUCGGCAACAACUUCUCGCAGACUCUGAACACCACUUAUGCAGCAAUGGGACUCCCUUGGAACGAAGAUCCCAACGGAGGCCACAUGCGUGGAUGGAAUGUGUACCCUCAGACAUCUGACCCUUCAGCAAACCUACGCGAAGACGCUGCAAGAGCAUACUACUUCCCGUUCAGCGGUCGUGCUAACUUGCAUCUCUACCUGAACUCUUCUGUCCAGCGUAUCACAUGGGAGGCUCAGUCGAACACCACGUUACCUUCCGCCAGUGGCGUUGCGUACAAAGAUGCCUCUGGAGCUGAGGAGCAACUUUUGGCCAACAAGGAUGUUAUCCUCUCAGCGGGAUCGCUUGUGUCUCCUCUCAUUCUAGAGCGUUCAGGUGUCGGCAAUCCUGCCAUCCUCAAGCAAUUCGGCAUCGAGCCAAAGAUCGACCUCCCCAAUGUAGGCGAGAAUCUUCAGGACCAAACCACUGGAAGUUACGGCACUACCGCCAAUCUUAACUUGACUGGUACGAGCGACUACGUGGCAUACCUGAACAUUCACGACAUCUUUGGCGACGACACCGAACAGCUCAGAGAACACGUUCAGUCAUCCAUUCCAGCCUGGGCCGAUGAAGCUGUAGCUGACUCAGGAGGCACAGCAAACCGAACCGCUAUUCAGCAGCUGUUUGAGAUCCAACACUCCAUGAUCUUCGACGAUGAAGUCGUCAUUUCCGAAGUGCUUGUCAAAGCUCCGUCCGAAGGCUCUGGCUCAAUUAGUUAUUGGGGUCUGAUGCCCUUCUCUCGCGGCAACAUUCACAUCUCUUCGGCAAACGCCUCAGCUCCGGCUUACAUCAACCCCAACUAUUUCCAACUCGAUUACGACGUCAGCCAGCUGGUCGGCACUGUCAAAGCCGCCAGACGAAACGCCAACACUGCGCCCUUGAAGAACUUCCUGCCAACCGAAACAUCUCCAGGCCUUGAUGUCGUACCUGCCAACGCUCCCAAGGAGGUAUGGGCUGAAUGGCUGAAGAGCACAUACCGAAGCAACUUCCACUACAUCUCCACCGCAGCCAUGAUGCCCAAGGAAAUGGGGGGUGUUGUUGGAGACGACCAUCUCGUCUACGGAAGCGCGAACGUCAGAGUUGUAGAUGCAUCUGUACUUCCAUUCCAAGUCAGUGGGCAUCUCACAGCUACGCUCUAUGCGCUGGCAGAGAGAGCGGCAGACGUGAUUAAAGCCGCUCAUGCAUGA